CUCCUUUUCACCAGCACAUCGUUCUCAAAAGUUAUAUCAUAUAAGCUAUUUAACUCUCUUCGGAGUCAAACAAGUUUAUAUUUCAGUUAAACAUCAGCACGUACCUUGAUCGACCGAGGCCAUCCGCUCCUUCCUAUCUUUGUCAAAUCAACUCGACCGCACCCAGACAAAAUUUUGACGGAAGGAACGACAGCCCUUCUUGCAUCUUGAGCACAUAUCUACACAUAUCUGUGUGGCUCUUACCUGAUCUAAUCAGUUUGAGCUACGACUCCUAUAUCUUUGUGAUCUUCUCUGUUUCCUCUCUUUCUCCCCUCCCAACCUUCAUCACCAAACAUCUCCGACCAUACUGCCUUCUCAACUCCUUUUACUCAACUGGAUUACAAACCCACCACAGCAUUGCCAGUACUGAAACUGAGAGACGAUCAACAUGUCUUCCACUGUUGCAGCUACAGGCUCGCCAACUUCUCGUCGAACCUUCACGAGCAGGAGCCAGUCUCAAGAGAAUGCUGGCUUCGAAGAUGAAAAGCCACAGAUGCGUUCUGACCCUACCAAUACGCUGAAGAAGUCUACCAGUGCUCUCUCCAGCUCCAAGCUUGUCAACCAAGUUCCGAAGGCGAAGAUGAACCAGGACCAUACAUCCUUCAACGAACUCAACCCUAUGGAUAGACUCCUUGCGAAGCUCUCUGAGCAACAGGCAACCAUCAACAAACAGCACGAAGUUCUUCAAACCGGUGAUGAUACACACCGCACUCAUGUAUCCUCAGCUGUUGAAUACGCCACAACUUCGGCUACGACCUCUAACUCUGCUGAAGGCACCGUUUCAGGUAACAGCACCGAUGCAGUUGACACCGUCGAAGAGAAGAACACUCCACAGCCAAGCAAAGACGAGGUUUUACGCCUCAAGAUCGAACUCGAGAAAGCCAAAGGCAAGAUUGCCCGCAUGGACCAGGAGCUUACCCAAACUCGAAUCACCAAGCAUACUAUUGAGCAAGCUAUAGGCAGCAACUCGGAAGCUGACUUCCCAAUGGACCAGCUCAAUGGUCCUGGUCGUUCCGUGUAUCUCCCAGAUGGUAAUUGGAUUGGCCAGGAUGAUAACCAUUCUGACAACAGUGAUGCUCUCUCUGUUGGUGGCUUCAAUCGUGCUGGUGGGAUUUGGGGUAACUCUGGUAGAGCCCCAUUCACCAAUUAUCAAGGUGGCAUGCAAGACCUCCAACCUGCUUCUGGGUUUUCUGGGAACCCUUGGGCGGCAGGACGUGGCUUCAACGCACCCUUUUCUGAUCCCUCUGGGGUGUUGGGCCAAACUGUUCCUGGCUUUCGUUCUGACCGCCUUGUCCCUGACAAUGACACCUCCGUUGGAUUAGCUGGCGACCGCCGAAACGCCAAUCGUGGCCGCUUCAUGAAUCGCACUCCAGGUGCAUUCCCAUACGCAAGCAGCAACAGCUCUUACGAUGGACUUACCCCCACUACAUCCUAUGGUUCUGUUACAGGCCUUGGUGGAGGUGCAACCGGCACUAUGGGAGGAUCGAUUGGGUUGAAUACUGGUGGUGCUUUAAGCUAUCAGACCCAGCCACUUGGAACCCCUCUUUCGCCAUUCGCACCCGAAUUCAACUCACUGAAUGGACAGUGGAAGAAUGAUAACACAAUUGCUGUGGAGGGCCAAACCUUCCUCCCGACUACUGAGCCAUUGAACUAUCGCCGUUUACUUGACCGCACAGUCAAUUGCAACUGGAAGUACAUUGUCGAUAAGAUUGUUUGCAAUAAUGAUCAGCAAGCAUCAAUCUUUCUUCAACAGAAACUCAAGGUUGGUACCACCGAGCAAAAGUACGAUAUUGUCGAGGCCAUUGUUGCUCAGGCCUACCCCCUGAUGAUUAAUCGCUUUGGCAACUUCCUUGUUCAGCGUUGCUUCGAACACGGUACUCCAGAGCAGGUUAUCAAGAUUGCCGAAGCUAUUCGAGGCAAUACAUUGAAUCUCUCCAUGGAUGCAUUCGGCUGCCACGUCGUUCAGAAAGCCUUUGAUUCUGUUCCGGAGGACUACAAGGCGAUCAUGGUCCACGAGUUGCUUCGCCGCAUCCCCGAGACCGUUAUUCACCGCUACGCCUGCCAUGUCUGGCAGAAACUGUUUGAGCUGCGCUGGACCGAGUCACCACCUCAGAUUAUGAAAUUUGUGAACGAGGCUCUCAGAGGAAUGUGGCAUGAGGUUGCCCUCGGCGAGACUGGUAGUCUGGUUGUGCAGAAUAUUUUUGAGAAUUGCCUCGAGGAAGACAAGCGCCCCUGCAUCGAAGAAGUUCUUGCUAGCAUCGACAUCGUUGCUCACGGUCAGUUUGGCAAUUGGUGCAUCCAGCAUAUUUGCGAGCAUGGAGCGCCCGUUGAUCGUAGCCGUGCUAUCGACCAUGUCAUCCGCUAUGCAUCUGAGUAUAGCAUGGACCAAUUUGCCUCCAAAGUUGUUGAAAAGUGCCUCAAGAUUGGCGGGGUGGAAUUUCUUGGUCGAUAUCUUGAUCGUGUUUGCGAAGGCCGCAACGACCGUCCACGCAUCCCACUCAUUGACAUUGCCAGCGACCAAUACGGCAACUAUCUCAUUCAGUACAUUCUUACUCACUCCAACCCCCAGCAUAGAGAGGUUGUCGCUUGCCACAUCCGCAAGCACAUGGUAUCUCUCCGUGGAUCCAAAUUUGGGUCUCGUGUCGGUAUGCUUUGCACCAACCCUGCCAUUGCAACCCGUCCUGGACCUGGCGUUGGCCCCGCUCUCGGUGCAAACCGAAUGCCUCAGGGCAACCCUCGAUUUGGUGGCGCCUACCGCUAGACAUUGAUGCUGCCGCACCGUUGCCAAUUCGGUAAAGCAUCCCGGACUCUUCAGGAGGUCGUGGUCUGGCAUUGUACGAUCUUCAUAGGCGAUGGAAUAACAAGUCAUAUUUCUUCAGCAUAAAGCAUAUCCCCAAAACAAGCUUCGUCUCAGCGCUUUUGGUGUUACCCAUAUAUGGAUGUCCCGAUCGACUCCUGAAAUCCUCUGAUCACCCAAGCUUGCUUUGUUUCAGUUCGGCGGUACUAUUUUCAAAAGAUCGUUUUCGUCUGAGAUCCGCCUGAAAAUUUCUUCUUUGUCUUCAUUUCGACAUGUUCUCAAGCAACCUACCAUACCACUACGUAUCAUCCUACGCUAUGGAUGUUAUCCCAUGGGCGACUUGGAAACUUUAUGUUUAUCGGCUUCUCAAGGAGUUCCUGCCUGAGGAGUGUCUUAUGCUUUACAAAUUGUUCUUCAAAUAUUUACCUUGAAAGUGAGAAUCUGCCUGCUGCCAAGGCAUUGUUCUGAUAGUCAUCCGCCAGAGUUGACAAGGGGCGAAGAAAUCAGAUCAUCAUAGUGCGUGCGGUUUGGGCAUGGACAGAGUGGUGGUUUAUAUCGUCAAGGUGCAAUUUUCUGGGCGGCUAGCUCAUCCUGCCUUGUGCCUGCAUUAGAUCAGCUUUGUUAUCUAGU